AUGACUAACCCCUACAGUGCUCUGUUGUCUAUUCUCGGCCUUCGUGCCGCCCCUGGCCAGGUCCCAGCAAACCACGCAGCUGGCUUUUUGGUGGUAAACUGGGCCUUCGCGUUCGGUAUUAUGAGUACACGCGCCACGAAGAUACGCCUGGGCCUCGAUCACAACGUUAGUCCGCGUGAAGACUUGAGCAAGUACGGCGAGGCCGCUGUGCAGUCGGGCAAGAUCAGUCGUCGCACCCUGGACAGGCUGAAGCGACAGGAGGCGGCACAUGCCAAUGCGCAGGAGGGAUAUUCUUUGUUCGUUGCUGCGAUCCUCGUGUCUCUGUAUGCCGGCCUCCCCAAUGAGACCAUCAAUACUGUCGGUGCUUGGUACUCGGUUUCGCGUGUUGCAUACAGCUUGCUGUACACCUAUAUCGAGUUCCACCAUUUGAGCUAUCUGCGCUCGGUGGCUUGGUGGUCAGGCAACAUUAGCUGCAUCUAUGCACUGGUACAGGCCAGUAAGAAACUGUGA